UUCUCUUGUCCUCCAUUCUAUCUGCGGCUGGAUUUGAUCAUCGCCAUGUCUUCUCACAAGACUUUCAGGAUCAAGCGAUUUCUGGCUAAGAAACAAAAGCAGAAUCGUCCCAUUCCCCAAUGGAUUCGAAUGAAAACUGGUAAUAAAAUCAGGUACAACUCUAAGAGAAGACAUUGGAGAAGAACCAAGCUGGGUCUAUAAUGAGCCUCACAUAUGAAUUCACACACAUUAUCAGAACAUCACUAGUGUCUGGAACAGCUGCCUGUGUUUGAUGCUCUCUCCUCUUGAGCUUUCCUCAUCACUGCUCACUGUGUAGCUCUGUAAUAAACAUGUGAACCUUUUGUUGGAA